UCUACAAGAUUACAAAAAAAUUGCAAAGCCAGAUUUCCUCAAAAGUUGUGAAUACAUUGCAAUAGGAAGAGCAAAUUAUUUUUAAAUGUGGAUCCAAGCUACCAAAAAAAAAAAAGCAGAUUCAUUCUCCCUCUUGCAACCAAGUUGGUUUGAUUUAACUCCACCAGUUGGGUCCAUAACUUUUUUAUUAAUAUGCCUGAUAUAACAGCAGAACAGUUGUAGUUAUCCGUAGUGAAUGGUGGAAGAUGUGGAAAGUUUGGUAAACAUCUACAAAUGCAGUUUAUAAAAUAAAGAUCAGUUGAGACCCUCAAGGCGGCUACAUCAAGUCUGUAAAUACAGAUUCUGAGCAGAUCAGAUGAAUAGAGCAGAGCAGGCGAGAGGGUGGGUGUUGAAGGUUGCAACAGACCUUUGUAGUUUAAACCACACUGUCUCAGUCCACUGGCAGGUCGUCACUCAGCCGCUUCCUCUCAACAGAGGGAUCAGGUGGUUCUGUGAGGUGACUUGACAGCAGCUCGACAAAGACAGACAGAGCCAUGGUUGCGCUGAGGACAGAAGUUUCUGGAGAAGUUUUUUUCACUGAUCCAGUCAUCUGCUACUUUCUGGACGCGUUUCUGAUGCUUUACUGCAUCACUGUAACAGCACUGUUCUUCAGAGAAAAAUUCUCCAAAAUGCCAACGGUUACACCUGUUCCCGAGGAAAAAGGGAGAAUUUACCAGGAACUUGAGAGGCCAAAGGAUGCUGAUCCUUACCAAGAGCUUAAACCCAGGAAAGCAAAGGCGAAAACUGACCGGAAGAAGAGAGCUAAGAAGAACCAGGCCAACCCGAAGCACAGGGAGCCCUAUGACUCUGUUCCCAUCAGCCCUCCACCUGCUUCAUUUCCUUAGUUAUGUACUCACAUCUCCAGAAACAAUGAAGCUAAAUGCAACAGAGAUGAAUGGAUGAUUAUUGCAUGUUUUUUUUAUUAUGUAAAGACUUUCCUUUUCUUUGCGCUUUUUUGUAUCCAUGAGCAGUUUUCAUUGUUUUUAGCUGCUGGUCAGACACCACAAAGCUGGAUUUCUAGCAGAUAUAAUGAGAUCAUUUACAGCUGAGAACAGAUGUUAACAAAAAGCAAGACAACCAUUUUUUUCACACUGUCUGGCCUCAAAUCAAACUAAAAUAUUCCUGUUUUAGGUCAGUUAGGAUUGCCCAACUUAUUUCUACUUGCUAAAUACCAGAAUGAGAUUUUUUAUUACCUUUUUCAAAUUCAGAAGUUUACAUACAGGUGUAUUUAAACAUCAUGGUUAAAGCCCAGAUGUAAGCUUGGUAAGCUUCUGAUAGUUUGAUUCACAAAAUUGGAGUUAAAUGAAGGCAACACCUCAAACAAACUGUUUCCUUGUGUGACAUCAUUGAAAAAAAUUAAAACAAAAUCAGCUGAGAUAUCUCCACAAGUCUGGUCAUCCUUUGGUACAAUUUCCAGAUGCCAGAAGAGCCAUGUUAAAUCUGCUUAAACGUUUAACACCAUGAGGAUGUCCAGCCAUUAUACUGUUCUGUGUCCCAGAGAUAAAUGUGUUUUAGUGAUAAACCUGCACAUCAACCCCAGAACAAAAGUAGAAGAUAUUGUGAAGAAGCUGGCUGAAGCUGGUGGUGUCAUUACAAGCCAUGUACUGACAGAGACUAAAUAGCCACACAGCAAAGAAGAAGCCAUUAGUCCAAAAGCAACAUAAAAAAGCCAGAUCAGUUUGCAAAUGCACUCACUGACAAAUGGCCUAAUUUUUGGAGGCAUGUCCUUAUGUGAUCUGAUGAAACUAAAAUGUUAAGGAACGAAAGCGGAAGGCUGCAAACAUCUCAGCUGUGAAGUAGGGCUGCAGCAGCCUUCUAUUGUGGGGGUGUUUCACAGCAGGAUGAACUGGGAUACGUCAUAAAAUAGAUGGCACAGGGAAAGAGAACUAAAUGGAAAAACUGAAGCAACAUCUCAAGAUGUCAGGAUUGUCUUCUACAUGGCGAAUGACACUAAGCAUACUGCUAAAUUAGCUACAAAGAGGCUUAAUGACAAUGUUAUUAAUGUUUUAGAGUGACCAUCACAAAGCGUUGAUAUGAAGCCCAUUAAGAUAAACUUGUGAGCAAAGCUGAAAAGGUGUGUGGGAGCCAGGCAGCCUACAAACCGGACUUCGUCCCAUCAGUUCUGUUAGGAGGAACAGGCCAAAUUUCCAGCAAACUUUUCAGAGAGCUGGCGAUAACCAAAACUUAGUUCAAAUUGUAAUUCGACAAAUUACAAAGGAAAUGUAUGCAAACUUCUGAGCUUUAAGUAAAAACAUGUCUGAUUAUUCUGACAUUUAGCAAAUAGAACUUAUUUAAAACCAACUGAUUUAAAACAAAGUUUAGUCUAAUUGAAUGUGAGAAAGAAUGUAAACAUCUAGGUUAAAAUGUAUAUUCACUUUUAAAGUUCUUUAACCUGCUAUCAAGCUACAAUUACAUUAAUAUUGGUUUUUUUUUAUCUUAAAGCACAGAUUGAUGCAAAUUUGAACCCUACGGGAGCUCUAUAAAAGUAUGCACUGUAUGCAACAGGACAACGCACAUGUCAAGACACUUGGAAAACUGUUUUAAUGAUGUUUACAACAAAAAAACAAAAAAAGAACUGUACAUUUACAGUAAAAGAUUAUCUUUGUAUGUGUAUAAAAACAAAAGAAAAAAAAAGAAAAAUACAGCAGACAAAUGCAUCAAAAUCUACUAUGUAUCCUGAUUCACAUACGUAAAACUCCUACACAAUCUUCCAUUUCUAAACCUCCAUGACAGGAGGCCUUACUUGUUUUUUAUUUUUUAUUUUUUUUGGAACAAUAAUCAGAGCAGUGUCCCUCUCUCAGUGUUGUAUUUCAUGUGAAAACCAAAACUCUUUACAUUCGAGUUCUGGGAAGUAAAUCGAUAGACUGCAGAGUAAGAAGAGGAGGAAAAUAAAACAGGAACACAUUCCUUUAGAUCAGCCCAAGCUUCCAAUGUGAAAUGUUUUACAGAAAGCAGUUUGAGAUACACUGACGUAUUAUGUACAUGGUUGGCAUCCUUUUUUUUUUUUCCUUCUUAUUUUUCUUUUUUAUUGAAAGCUGUGGUUGCCUGGGCCGGAAAACUGAUAAUCGCACACAUGACACCCAAAAAAACCAUACAAAAAUACUAUAUCUUUCACCUACUAAGAGUAAGACAGCUCUGCAAUUAGUUCCAUGCUGUGACAGAAAAUAAAAAAAGUUUACAACAGA